AUGCGUUCUCUAAAAUUGGAAGAAAUUGAGGAAGAAUAUAAAGAUUUGUGGCCUGGUGGGCAUUGGAGACCUAAAGAAUGUAAAUCCAGGCAGAAAGUUGCUAUUGUUGUGCCUUAUAGAAAUAGAGAACCUCAUUUACGAACAUUUCUUCAUAAUAUUCAUCGUUUUUUACAAAAACAACAAUUAGAUUAUGCAAUAUUUAUUGUUGAGCAAAUGGGUACUUUUGCCUUUAAUAAAGGUAGACUGACGAAUAUUGGUGUUUUGGAAGCUAUAAGAGUUUAUCCAUUCGAUUGUAUUAUAUUUCACGAUGUUGAUACAUAUCCAGAGAAUGACAAUAUUUUAUAUAGAUGCUCAACAGAUCCGAAACAUACUAAACAUUUGAGUGUUUAUCUUGAAAGGAUUGGUUACAAAGAAUACUACCCAGGAUUUAUUGGUGGAGUUCUCGCUCUAACUGUAGAACAACUCAGAAAAGUUAAUGGAUAUUCAAAUGAUUUUUGGGGAUGGGGAGGGGAAGAUGAUGAUUUAAAUACAAGAUGUCGGUUCAAAUUGAUAAAAAUGACAAAGGAAAAAUAUUUAACAGAUGGAUUCAGCAAUUUGAAUUAUAGGGUCGAAUUUAUUAAUUUUGGAAAAUUGUAUACACAUAUAAUGGUAGAUGUGCUAGAAGAAGAGUAUAAUAGAUGGAAAAAAUAUAUUAAAAAAAUAGGAUGUUAA